AUGUCAUCACACGAAAGGCAUCUUUCAUCGAGUUCCGUCUCUAGUCAAACCCCAUUGAAGAAGACUUAUAGUCAUGGAUCGAUAUAUCAAGGAAACGAAGAAUCUCAACCAAAGUUAAAGUUGCUUGAAAAUCCUCUGGCUCACAAUAGAAGAAAAUAUUCGGUAACCCCUCCAGUUCCGAGUCCUAUACAUGAGAUCUCUGGUCCUAUCAAUAUCGCCCGAAAACAAUCUUACGAUGAAUCGAUCGAGAACCAAUAUGAUGACAGGAAAGUCGAUCCAUUUUCAAAAGAUGGUGCCGAGGAAGAAAUGUUCGAAACCCCCGAGUUUCGAAGAUAUGAGGAGACUACGAACAUGGAACUUUUCUAUGAUCUCUUUUUCGUUGCGAAUUUGACGACGUUCAACGAUGUGCAUGAUGUCAAUGAGGUUGAUGCACUCAAGUCAUAUGCCGGAUUCUUCUGUAUCCUUUGGUUCUUGUGGUUACAAGUCAGUCUUUUUGAUGUUAGGUUUGUUACGGAUAGUAUAUUGGAGAGAAUAGGAAAAGCAUGUCAAUUUGGUGUAAUGAUUGGAUUGGCAAUUGUAGGACCGGACUUUAAUUCAUCGGACCAAAAGCCUGGUGCUUUUCGUUCACUGGCAAUCAUCUUGAUGUUUUCGCGACUGGUUUUGAGCUUUCAAUAUUCUGUUAUAUUGUAUCACGUUUGGUAUUAUAAAAAUUCAAAAUUACCACUCUUUCUUGUUGUUGUCGCUAAUGUCAUAGCUGCACUUGUAUAUUUUGGCACUUUUUUUGGAUUCUCGGAAGAAACAUCUAAGACUGGCAAAGUGUUCAUUGUUUGGUAUGUCACAGCUGUCUUAGAGACUGCCGUCAACAUUGCUAUAUCGUCGAAGUGGAAAGUCUUGAGCUUUAGAGGAUCUCAUCUUGUCCAAAGAAUGACUCUACUCACUUUGAUUAUUUUGGGUGAAGGUAUAAUUGGAGUUAGCAAAAGUAUUGCAGAUAUUGCAGAACAAGAGGAGAAAUGGACCGCAGCUCUCAUUCUCACCAUUGUAUCAGCUGUUGGAAUAAUUUAUUUCCUCUACAUGCUUUAUUUUGACUGGCUUAACCGAUCUCAAUUCGGUUCCAUACGUCAACAAAUAUGGGCAUUUCUCCAUUUUCCAUUUCAUCUUGCACUAGUAUUCCUCGCUGAAGGUGCUGCCCAAUUCAUCAGAUGGCGAAAAGUAGUUGAGGUCAUCAACCAAGUCAGCAAACAAUACGUGAAUCAAUUCAAGAAAACCCCCGCUGUCGAUAGUCUCGAUCUCAGAACACGCUUAGCGAACGUCACUCAAAGAAUCUUCGAGAAAUUCCCCCCAGAAUUCACACAAACUUUUACAGAUACCCAAAGGGCUUUAUUCAAUAUUGGUAAUACGACUCUGGGGUCCACAGAACAAUUGGGAAAUAUCACGACAUUAUUUUCCACAGUCCAGGAUUCUCUAUUCGAUAAUUUCGGAAUCGAUCCACCGGAAAGUGAUAACGCGGUUACGGAUCCUAAUGAAGAAUGGAAUGAAAAUCUUGGAGUUCUCGCUCUUGUGUUCACCUAUUUCUUCCUCGCCUCCGGCCUCACCCUCAUCCUCAUGAACAUUCUCCACGCACUCAGUCGACCCCACAUGACGCGUGCAGAUAAACUUCGCAGCGCGGUCAACUUCAUUCUUUCAAUCAUAUUACUCGGACUCGCGGGUAUAUCGAAUACCGAUGCGGGAUUUGCAUUUGCGCAGAGUGCGGGGGUUUUGCCAAGUGUGGCGGGAGUGUAUUUUUUUGUUAUGUUAUUAGGAUAUACGAAAUUGCUUUGGUGA